AUGGAUCUCCGAAUACCCCUAGUAGUUUCCCUGCUCUUACCUCUGACCAAUGCCCUCCAAGCCCUACCACCGAUAUCAUGGAGCGAAAACACCAAUGGGGCCUUCACACCCACUUCAUUCACUAGGAUCUACGUCUCUGCAAAGUAUGCCCAUCAUCGCGAUAGCGCCUCACUGACACUCACACCACCAUCCGUCUUCGAGUUUGCACAAACCUUCUUGUCAGAUCUGCAUGCGUUCUAUCCUGAGCUCUCCAGCACGCCUAUCGAGCUCAUAGAAAGGGCCCCGCGCACCUGUGACCACAUCUUUCUCGGUCUGUUGCCCGAGGGGCAGCGCGGGGAGUAUGUAUACGAGGAUGGGAGUCCGAGCGAGGAGGGAUUCCGUAUCCAGGCUAGUGAGUGUGGGGUUGAAAUUAUGGGUGCUGGUGCGAGGGGCGUGUGGUGGGGGACGAGGGCGCUGCUGCAGACGUUUUUGUUGGACGGUGGAGUGAAAGGAAUGGCUGUGGAGAUGCCGGCGGUGUUGACGAGAGGGUUCAUGUUGGAUGCGGGGAGGAAGUGGUAUAGUGCCGAUUUCUUGAAAGAGCUAUGUACCUACGCUUCAUGGUUCCGCAUGUCCGAAUUUCACUACCACGCAUCCGACAACUACCCACUCAAUCGAGGCCGCAAUUCCUCUUGGUCUGAAAUUUACUCUCAGUUCUCGCUUUACCCUACAGACCCCCUUCUACAACCUCUUAUAACGCGCGCCAAUGAGACCCACAAUAUUACAACCUUCAAAGAAAUCCAGUCGCACUGCGCCUCCCGAGGAAUAACGCUUAUUCCUGAGAUUGAAUCACCCGGUCACGCUCUCGCUAUAACUAAAUGGAAGCCCCAGCUAGCGCUCGCCAACAAGCACGAUCUCCUCAACCUGUCGCAUCCAGAAACCAUCUCAACAGUCAAGGACAUUUGGGCAGAGUUCCUUCCCUGGUUCCAAACAAAGGAAGUCCACAUCGGCGCAGACGAGUAUGAUCCUGAGCUCGCAGAUGACUAUGUCAACUUCGUCAACGAGAUGUCUAAGUUUAUCUUUGCAGAGUCCGGGAAACGUGUCCGUAUCUGGGGCACGUAUGAGCCCACGAAUCACAGUGUCAUCUCGAAGGAUGUGAUAAUUCAGCACUGGCAGUACGGACAGUCGAACGCUGCCGAACUUGGCGUUCAAUGGGAUCCAAGCUUGUUCAGCAGCGCCACUGGCGGACAACAGCUCCCAACGGGAACUGAAUAUAAUAGGGGUGCAAUCAUGGCUGCUUGGAAUGAUAAUGGGCCCGAUGCGACGACGCAGUUGGAGGCAUAUUAUAGUAUGCGCGAGGGUAUUGCAGUGGUUGGUGCAAGGGCUUGGUCGGGGCUUAAAGGGCUGAGACUGGAUGUAGAGACGCUAGAGGAAUCAAUGAUGGCUUUGGCGGGUAGGGCGCCGGGACAGAAUCUUGAUAGGCGGAUUGCAGGUACUUGGGAUUUGAUUGACUGGACGCGCCCAUUAGGCGUAGACGGAGAGAUAAAAGUAGGGCUGGGAAGUAAAGGCAUGAACUACACCCUGGCGAUUGCCUUCUCAUCGACACCUUGGAAGAUGAGCUCGCCGUACGAUUGCCUUGAGUUAUCGCUUUCAGAGUCUGGGGUCCUUACGUUUACGGCUGACGGGUUUCAAUACCCGCUUCGCAGCAUUGACCCCAAAGAUGGCUAUGACCCUGGGCACCCGGGGCGUAUCUGGACAAAUGAGACGUCCUCAUCCCAUGAGAUUUCCUAUGUUAAAGAGAGCAACGGGACAAUUGUCAUAAAGACAGAUAUGAUCGGAGGGAGUAGAGUGUGGGUGAAAGGUGUAUUUAUGGGUAGGUUUGAGGUUUUUAUUUUUGGAGGGAGGAAUACGCUUUUUUCCUGGAGUCAAAUGGCGUUUGUUGCACCGUUGGAGCUUGUUGAAGGUGGCGUUGAGAGGAUCAGGCUGUGGGAGGGCUUGGUUGAUCCGGAGGUUUAA